GAAACAGCCACUCCUGAAAAAUGCGAAGAAAUCGUCUCGAAUCAAAAAGAUGAUGGUUGUAUUGAAUUGAGUGAUUCGGUUUGCAAUGAACUAGAUGUUCCUAAGGAAGAAGUUAUUACAACAAUUCAAAAGAAGAUUAAAAAUAAUAAACUUAAAUCACCCGAGCAUUCAUCAAGUCUUGAAACUGCAGUUAAUCUUGCAUACCUUAAGAAAGCCGCAUCCCAGUAUGGAGACAUAUGGAAAGAUAAAUAUAAUAAAGCCCGUGAAUAUCUAUCAAAACAAAUAGGAGAUGCUGAAGCCGAACAAGAACUUUUAGAAUGUGCCGAUAAUUAUGUAACUGAGAAUGCCAUAAAUAAAGUGAUUAAUAAUAAAAGGAAAAACUCAGUAUCUUCGUUGCAAAAUGUGACUACACCAGAGAAAUGCAACGAUGCAGUAUCUAAACAAAAGGAUGACGGCUCUUUUGAAAUUAGUGAGACGAUUUGCGAAGAAAUAGAUGUUCCUGUUGUAGACAUA